AUGGGAGCCAUCGGCAACAUAGACGAGGUUGGUGCAAAGAGUGAAGGCGGGUUGUCUUCAACAUCUAAGAGUGGUGAUGAGGGUGGUGGAGUCCAGCUGAAGAAGGGGCCAUGGUCAGCAGAAGAAGAUGCCACGCUAAUAGAGUACGUGAAUAAAUAUGGAGAAAGGAACUGGAAUGCGGUGCAGACGAUUUCUGGGCUGCCUCGGUGUGGUAAGAGUUGCCGGGUACGAUGGACUAAACACCUCAGGCCUAAUGACAACGAAGGUGCCUUCUUUACUGAAGAGGAUAGGACCAAUGUCGAGUUGGAUUCUCAGUUUUCAGCAUCUAAUGACGGCGAGGGUGGUGGAGGCGAGCUGAAGAAGGGGCCGUGGACGGCUGCAGAAGAUGCCAUACUAUUAGAGUACGUGAACAAACAUGGGGAAGGGAACUGGAAUGCAUUGCAGAAACGUUCUGUCCUGGCUCGUUGUGGCAAGAGUUGUCGGCUCCGAUGGACUAACCAUCUCAGGCCUAAUCUUAAGAAAGGAAGCUUCUCUGCCGAAGAGGAGAGGACCAUUGUUGAGUUGCAUGCUCAGUUCGGCAACAAAUGGGCUCGGAUGGCUGCUAGGCUUCCUGGACGAACGGACAAUGAAAUCAAGAAUUUCUGGAACACAAGAGCAAAGAGACUCCUCCGCCAUGGCCUCCCUCUUUAUCCACCAGAAAUCCAGCCCCAAAAUCCACCAAGUUCUCAACACAACAACAUCGACAACGACAACAACAGCAACAACAAAGUCAACCAUGACGAAAAAUUCCACUCUCUACUUACCACCCCAACCUCCUCUUUUACUUUCCCGACCACCCAACUCUCAUCCCCAAGAUUCCCAUCUCCGACUAAUACACGGACCCCUACACCUACCUCUAACGUUACUCCUGUCCGUACCCCUACUCCUAUCUCCCCUCUCUCGUCUCCUACUGCUAAUUUUCCUACUCUGCCACUUUUCGACUUUUCCCUCCCCAGAGCCCCUCCAAUCCUUCAGACCCCUCCUCGCUUCAAGAACUUCUCCAGAUCCUCUUCUGCCGCCACCACCGACAACGACACCAACACCACCUCCCCCAACAACAACAUUGUUAACACCCCGCCCAACUCGCACGAUAUUGCCAAUCCUACCUCAUACUUUUCGCUACCCUUAUCACCAUUGCCCACCACCCUAAGUUCACCAUCCAACACCAGUCCUCUCAGUUACCAAAUUCCUUGUUGCUUCACUAACCUGUUCAGCAGCAACAGUAGUGAGUUCCACAGAGAGAUAGAGAGGGAGAAUGAGAAACUGUGUUUACUUCUUGCUUCCGUGACUCAGCCAAAUCAGCUCCCUUUACCCCAGUUGUUAUCACCAACAUCUCCGAAUUGGAAUUCGGCAUUUAGUGGUGUUCCUACUGCUACCACCAUUCCUACUACUACUGCCGCGGUGCCUACUAAGAUUGGUAGAACAAGAAUAAGAAGAAUGAAAAAUGGUACAACUUCUAGCAAGGGUAAGAGAAAUAGUAAAGUAUUUGGUGCAACUGAAAGUACCAGGAAUGGAUUGUUACAGGAUGAUCUCUUGCAAGAGGCUAAAGCUGCUUUGGCAGUGAAUGAAAACAGUGCUUCGGCCGAGCAGAAUCAUUUGACUUUCCAGGAUGAUCAGCAGAACCCAAAAGAGCUCACGUUCGACGAUUUCAACGGAGUACAAUAUUGGGAUCUUUCCAGCUCUCUGUCUCUGUCUUCAGAGCUGAAGCCAACGGAUGGUGAAGUAACAGAGCAGUUAAACUGUGGGAUGACUGAAGACUUGACCAGGCUGCUCGACAUUUUACCUUCUUCUCCCUUGCAGCUCUCUGAUUUGUAUACCGAUGACAUCUUGAACGGGCAAUCUUCUGUCAUAAUUGACGAUAAUAACAUGGACAUCGAUAUGCAGCAGCAGAUAGCUUUAUUGUUUCCCACCACAGCAACAGCAGACCAAGACAGCUUGCCUAGGAAUUACUGA